AUGUCCGACGACUCAUACUCUGAUCAUGCCAACGACGACAUUUUUAUUCAACUGUCUCCUUGGGGAGGUUUUUUCGUCUGGAUAGCCAAGCACGUUGAGCGGCUGCGUCGUGAUCACCGAAUCGUCGGCCACCUGUCUUUCUCCCCCCUAGGACCGUCAGCCUCGUCGUCGUCGUCAAAGGGUGCCUCGGCCCAGACCGUCUCCGUUCCCUCUGUCCGUCUGCCACUCCAAUUAACUCUGGAGGAAACCACUCUGCUCCUUUUCAUGCGCAUCGCCAAAGGCCUUGACGUUGUCCAGCCGGUAACAAGGCUUGAACCCCCCAGUCCUGUCAGUCUCAUGAAGUUUGACGAGACGCUCGCUCAACAUCACACUGAGUCGUCACUCGGCUUUUUUGUCGUGAAUACGGGCAAAGCUUCAGUCGUGGCUCAGGAGUCGUCGUUUAACUUUUCCUUCUUCACGCACCACCAGAUGGAAGUGUUUAAACUGCAAAAGCGUCAGAAGAUGCUCAGCUACUACGGUGAGAUACUGCAGGGCAGAGCCAAACGAAAAGCGCGAGAGGCAGCCAAGGUCGCUGGUAGCGUCACGAUCGACCACAACGAGACGGUCCUCCCUGACGAUGCUGGCAAAGAGAUUUCCAAGAAGCGUUUGAAGAAGAGUUUGCACCGUGAGCGUCGUAAGGUGUCGUCAGCAAUGGAGUCUGCGACGGAUUAUCUCGAUGACGACUAUUAUUGUGAUGGAUUGGAGGCUGUGGUAGCUGAUGAGGACAGCCAACCCAGCGAGAAUCGACCAACUCUAGAGGAAUUGACGGCGAGUACGGGUUGUAAGGAGGCGGAGAUGGCCAAGUACAUUCCGAUUCACAGGCCUCGUCCUACUCCUCAAGAGUGGAAGCGCAAUGGGGAGCACCGGUAUCUCAUCCCCCCCGAAGAGGCUUGUGCCAGCGUCGAAAAGGUUGCACAAUGGCUGCUGAGCCUUACGCCGAAUUCCGGGCCUGUGACAAUUGAGUCCGCUGUACUACGAUGUAAGGUGUUUCAAAGUCUCUGGUCCAAAGGAUUUUACAUUACCUGUUCAGCCGCGAAGUUGGGUGGCAAUUUCCUUGUCUACCAAGGCGACCCCCUGUUUCACCAUGCAAGUCACAUUGUCACCGUGCUCACCCCACACUCACGCAUUUCCCUCAGCCGCCUGUCGGCCUCCUUGCGAAUCGCCAACAGCGUCCGCAAGGUGCUUGUACUGGCUACCGCGGAUAACGACGAAGUGGUCUACACUUCCAUGACAAUGGACUACGACGAUUUUGACGAAUCUGAUGCAAUGGGAUACGUGGAUAUCCUGGGACCUUCUAGUGCAGAUGAAGACGAUUUAACUUAUUACCUUCCCCAGCAAAUCAACGAAACUUGGCCUCUUUUCUGCUGGGGCAUAGUUCGUCAGAUCUGGCCCAACAUUUGGAUCAGCCUUGUUCUGUGUCUCGCCUGGAGGAUCUGCUGUGUGGUCCUCCGGCGCCUCGUCUUUCCCAACCCCCACCUCCGCUAUGGUGUCACACUCUUGCGUCACUUUUUCGGUGAUCUAUGCAUGAAACCGUGUGCCUUUAUUUUCUCAAUCGGCCUCGUACUUUCGUCCACCGCACUUCUCUCCAAGAAGACACCGUGCGUGACUCCCACAGCGUCAACAAGCCAUGGCUGGACUUGUGAGAUGAUCUCAGUUACCCUCUGUUGUCUCCUGCUUCAAUUGUAUUGCGAAUUUCGCAUGGAUCCAAGAGAGUGGCACAUGAUUCGAGGCACGGCGAUGAUACUGAUAAUGAAAGCCAUCUCCGUGGCCGCGACCGGCAACAAUUUUCACGCCGAUAGGAGAGGAAUGGGAUUCCUGAGGCACUACCUGGCUUGGUGUGGUUAUGCAUUCUCGCCUGGAAGUGUGAUUUUCGGACCGUGGUUUCACUUCGAUGACUACCUUCGCGCUCUCCAGUUCACCGGUCCUUCUCAAGACGCCUCCGUAAUUGAUAUGGCCGAGUUUUUUUUCGGAAAAUUGUAUACUUUUGUCGGUACUCCAUGUCUUUGGAAAGAUCUUGUGCGAUCGACGAUUUCCUUUGCGGUUUCUACUCUCUGCAUCAUCUACUCGACCUACCUGUCUUCAAUAAUUGAUGCCAGCUAUGUUUUCAGUUUUAGAUGGACUAAUGCGUACGCUCAGUCUCAGAGUUUCCGCUUCAGCCACUACUUCGUCAGUUUUUUCAGCCAAUCGCUUCACCAGGCAAUCGGUUUCGCAGCACUCUCUUUUCCCAAGCCCGACCAAAGGUAUUUAACAGCACUUGUAACCGAUCCGGUUUCAGUUGAGCUUCCUCGGUCGCUCGUGGAUGUGGUCGUCAACUGGAACUUCCCCAUGCAUUUCUGGCUUAAGCAGUAUAUUUACAAGCCAACGCGAAAGUUCGGUCAAUUGCCGGCUCUUCUCUUCACCUACGCAUUCAGUUCACUACUGCAUGGCCUAAAUUUUCAACUCGCAGCCGUCCUCUUUUCCAUAGGGAUGUACGCCUACAUCGACUAUGUCUUUCGCGAAAAACUCUCGUCCAAAUUUGACGCCUGCAUUGGAGCCCGAGAUUGUCGCGGAAAAUGCAACCACAGAAACAAAACCAAUUGGUGGGUUCGUGUUGUGAACGUCUUCUUCAGUUGUCUGGCCAUCUUCCAUUUGGCCUAUCUGGCCGUCAUGUUUGAUACAAGCGAACAACAAGAGAAGGGCUACAACAUGUUCCACGUUCUGGACAAGUGGUCAAAUCUGAACUACCUCAGCCACAUAGUCGCGGCCUUGAAUUAUCUUCUAGUCUUAUUUAUUCGAUAG